AUGAUUUCCAGGGCGGACCGCACACGAUCCUUCAAGCAACCAGAGACGCUAUUUCACACAGGUAUCCGGUUCGUUGCGAAAAAUCUACAUCUCUACAAAGACAUUGAGUAUCUGGAGCUACUGCCGGCGUUGGUGAAGAAUGCCAUAUUUUUAAACGUGGUUCGCGUUCACAAGGGCUUCCACGACGACAAGCUUCCGAGUCUGCUGCUCAACUCGUCCCUAACGAGGAUAAAUCUAUCCACGUCAACGAUUUCCGAUGGUCUGUUAAAGCUGCUGGCCGACAAAUGCCCACAUCUUCGUAGCCUUACCCUGUCCGAGGGCAACUUCCGGUUUACACGGACCGGUCUGGACGCGAUGAUAAAGCAACUGAACAAGUUACAACACUUGUAUGUGAAAAAUUGUCCACUGAUAGACGAUGAAUUUGUGCGGCUACUUGCCACCAGCUGCCCGCUGUUGGACACCCUCGACCUGGAAUCGUGCAAGCACGUAGGUGACGGUUCUGCGGAACCCCUAAGCGUGAUACCGCUGGUUCGUCUCAACCUUUCGCAUACCAGCAUUACGGACAAAUUCCUAAAGGCUAUUGCAAACGAACGAUGUGGCAAAACGCUGGAAGACCUCAACGUAGGACACUGUCCCAUCUCGAGCGAUGGGCUGUCGGCGCUACCAUGGGAUACAAUCAAAUACAUAGGAUUCGAAGGAUGUAGUAUCGAAGAUCUUGACAUCGUUGGAUUCGGUAAGCACCUAAAGUAUAUUUACUGGUCCAUCUCAAACUGA